AUGGCGCCCGCCCCUGCUGCUGGUCCCAUUGUAAAGGAGAUCACCUGCAUCAUUGGUGGUAUCCUUUUGACCUUUAACAUCAACAAUCCUUUGACCAAGCUAUGCCCUACCAAAAGCACCGUCACCAAGACGUCUGGUGUUACGACCUCGACCAAGGGCGUCACUACAAGCAGCAAGCCAGGUAGCAUUACAGCCACCACGACCAUCUCUGUUGGCACCUCCACCAGCGUCGUCCUUCCCGACAGCACCACCCUGACUGUGCCUCCGACUACCAGCUCGACUGUCGUCGUCCCAACACCGACUUCUACUUCGGUCACGCUUACGACUUCCAAGUCCGUGUCCUCUUCCAGCUCUUCCAGCUCGUCGUCUUCCAGCCCAAGCAGCUCCUCUUCGACCACGAGCUCAUCUUCCACAUCGACUUCCACGUCAACUACUGUCAUUGCUGUCCCAAUGACAUCUUCAACUUCUAGCACUUUGGCCACUAGCACGUCAUCCACCUCGACUUCCACCUCUGCUGCUCCCACCUCAUCUCAAUACGAUGCCUUCAACUGCCCUGCUGGCCUACCACUGUCCUGCCACAACACCACGGCCAUCGACAACACCUGCUGCUUCGAGUCUCCUGGUGGUCUGAUCCUGCAGACCCAGUUCUGGGAUACCAACCCAGCCACUGGCCCAAAUGACUCAUGGACUGUCCAUGGACUCUGGCCAGACAACUGUGAUGGAACGUAUCAGCAGUUCUGUGACCCGGCCCGCGAGUACACCAACAUCACUCAGAUCUUGCAAUCUUUCGGCAAGACUGAUCUCCUCAACUACAUGAACCAGUACUGGACCUCGAACUCCGGUAGCGCUGAGAGCUUCUGGGAGCAUGAGUUUGGCAAGCACGGCACGUGCAUGUCCACUUUCGACACCGAGUGCUAUCCCAACUACGCAACAGGCCAAGAAGUGCCCGACUUCUUCCAAAAAACCGUCGAUACUUUCAAGACCCUUCCGAGCUACGAUUGGUUGGCCGCUGCUGGCAUCGUCCCAAGCACGACUGCCACUUACACUCUCCAGCAGAUUGUGGACGCUGUGUCCGCAAAGCACGGCGCUCAGGUCUAUGUUGGCUGCAAUAAGGGCCAGAUCGAUGAGCUGUGGUACUACUACUAUGUUCAGGGCUCGAUCCAGACUGGUACUAUCCAGCCUACUGAUCUUGUCGGCGCGCAAGGAUGCCCGGCUACUGGUCUCUACUACUACCCCAAGGGCUACGUUCCUGCAUCUACUUCUACUACUGUGAACCCAACCGCUACCAACACUGGCGGUUCCACGGGCACAGCAGCACCAGCGGGCAGCUGCCCAACCAGCACUUCCACCGCCGCACCCUUCACCAGCCCAGGCUACCUCUACGUCCAGCCCUCCGCAGGCAACUGCCAGGGCUUCAUGAUCUCGGGCGGGCUUUGGUACAACACCGCCGGCACACCCGCCACCUACACUCCCGCCGCCUCGGCAGCAGACGCCACCCUGUUCAGCCUCAAGUCGAGCAAAGGUCCUUGCGCUGUUGACGCCAGCAGCACUUUCAGCUGCGCCGCUGGCAACGCUGCUGGAACGUUGUUCGGUAGUGCUGGCAGGUUGUUGACAUAUAACGGCUCUUCGGUCUUCGGUGCUACCGCCACACCUAGUGGACAGAUUCAGCAGCCUGUGCUCGCUCUUGCUAACGAGCCGGUGACCUUGUCGCUUCUCUGGGUUGCAAAAUAG